CCAGAAUGCUAAGGUUGCCACUCUCACUUCCUCUUGCCCCUUAAUGCAGCAGCAUUGCUCUGAAUAUAGUAACUGUCCUGGGGCAUCCAGCAGGGGCAAGAGAGAAGGCUGCAGUGCCCCAGCGGCCACCCCUGCAGGCGGAUACCGCGUGUCAUGUUUCACAGAGCCACUUCUGGGCACAGAAAAUGCCAGAAUGAUGUCUCCUACCUGCCUGGCUGGGAUGCUGAUCCCAGCCAUGGCCUUCCUCUCCUGCCUGAGACCCGAGAGCUGGGAGCCUUGUGUGCAGGUGGUUCCUAACAUUACUUACAAAUGCAUGGAGCUGAAUCUCGACAAAAUCCCCAACAACAUCCCCACAUCAACCAAGAAACUGGACCUGAGCUUUAACCCCCUGAGGCAUUUAGGCAGCCAUAGCUUCUCCAGCUUCCCAGAACUGCAGGUGUUGGAUUUAUCCAGGUGUGAAAUUCGGAUAAUUGACGAUGAUGCGUAUCAGGGCCUAAACCACCUCUCCAUCUUGAUAUUGACAGGAAACCCUAUCCAGAGGUUAUUCCCAGGAGCCUUUUUUGGACUCUCAAGUUUACAGAAGCUGGUGGCCGUGGACACAAACCUACAAUCUCUAGAGGACUUCCCCAUUGGACAUCUCAAAACUUUGAAGGAUCUUAAUGUGGCUCACAAUCUUAUCCAUUCCUUCAAGUUACCUGAAUAUUUUUCUAACAUGCCCAACCUGGAGUACUUGGAUCUUUCCAAUAACAAGAUCCAAAAUAUUUAUCAUGAAGACUUGCAGGUUCUACAUCAAAUGCCUCUUCUCAACCUUUCUUUAGACUUGUCCCUGAACCCUUUAUACUUUAUCCAACCAGGUGCCUUUAAAGAAAUUAAACUCCGUGAACUGACUUUGAGAAGUAAUUUUAAUAGUACAGAUGUAAUGAAAACUUGUAUUCAAGGUCUGGCUGGUUUAAAGAUCCAUCAGUUGGUUCUGGGAGAAUUUAAAAAUGAAAGGAACUUGGAAAGCUUUGACAAAUCUCUCCUGGAGGGACUGUGCAAUUUGACAAUUGAAAAAUUCCGGAUAGCAUACUUUGAUGAUUUUUCAGAGGAUACUACUGACUUAUUUAAUUGUUUGGUAAAUGUUUCUACAAUUUCUCUGGUGCAUCUGUCUUUAAAGAGGCCAAAAUACCUUCCUAAAAAUCUCAGAUGGCGACGGUUGGAAAUGGUUAACUGUGGAUUUGAAGAAUUUCCCACAUGGGAGCUGGACUCUCUCAAGGAGUUUGUUCUCACUCACAACAAAGGCGUGAGCCCUUUUACUGAGAUGAAGCUGGAAAGCCUUGAGUUUCUAGAUCUCAGUAGAAAUGGCCUGAGUUUCAAGGGUUGCUGUUCUCACUCUAAAUUGGGGACAAGCAGACUGAAGCAUUUAGAUCUGAGCUUCAAUGAUAUUAUUACCAUGAGUUCAAACUUCUUGGGCUUAGAACAACUAGAAUAUUUAGAUUUCCAGCAUUCCAAUUUGAAACAGGCCAGUGAUUUUUCAGUAUUCCUAUCUCUCAGAAACCUCCGUUACCUUGAUAUUUCUUAUACUCACACCCAAGUUGUCUUCCAGGGCAUCUUUGAUGGCUUGGUCAGCCUCCAAGUCUUGAAAAUGGCUGGCAAUUCUUUUCAGAACAACUUCCUUCCAAAUAUUUUCAAAGACCUGACCAACUUGACUAUUCUAGAUCUCUCUAGGUGUCAGCUGGAACAGGUAUCCCCGGUGGCAUUUGGCUCACUUCCUAAACUUCAGUUGAUAAAUAUGAGUCAUAACAACCUCUUGUCAUUGGAUACACUCCCUUAUGAACCUCUCCUCUCCCUCCAAAUUCUGGAUUGCAGUUUUAACCGAAUAGUGGCCUCCAAGGAGCGAGAAUGGCAGCAUUUCCCAAGUAAUCUAGUUUCCUUAAAUCUUACUCAGAAUGACUUUGCUUGUGUUUGUGAACACCAGAAUUUCCUGCAGUGGGUCAAGGACCACAAGCAGCUCUUGGUGGAAACUGAACAAAUGGUGUGUGCAAAACCUUUGGACAUGCAGGGCAUGCCCAUGUUGAGUUUUAGGAAUGCCACCUGUCAGAGGAGCAAGACUAUCAUUAGUGUGUCAGUGUUCACUGUACUCAUGGUUUCUCUGGUAGCAGUUUUGGUGUAUAAGUUCUAUUUCCACCUGAUGCUUCUUGCUGGCUGCAAAAAGUACAACAGAGGCGAAAGCACCUAUGAUGCCUUCGUUAUCUACUCAAGCCAGGAUGAAGACUGGGUGAGGAAUGAACUGGUAAAGAACUUGGAGGAGGGGGUACCCCCUUUUCAGCUCUGCCUUCACUACAGAGACUUUAUUCCUGGGGUGGCCAUAGCUGCCAACAUCAUCCAGGAAGGUUUCUACAAAAGUCGGAAAGUUAUUGUCGUGGUGUCCCAACACUUCAUCCAGAGUCGGUGGUGCAUCUUUGAGUAUGAGAUUGCCCAGACCUGGCAGUUUCUUAGCAGUCGUGCCGGCAUCAUCUUCAUUGUCCUGCAGAAGGUGGAGAAGUCCCUACUGCGGCAGCAGGUGGAACUGUAUCGCCUUCUCAGCAGGAACACUUACCUGGAGUGGGAAGACAGUGUCCUGGGACGGCACAUCUUUUGGAGACGACUCCGAAAAGCCUUGCUGGAUGGUAAACCGUGGAGUCCAGAAGGAAUGGCAGAUGCAGAAAACAGCUAACAUGAAACAGUAACCUCUGCCUGGGGAGGAAAAGCUCCCGUGGUGCUCCUUGCCCAGAUGGACCCCAUACUUGUUCAGUUAACGAGUAUUAAAUGCUGCGACAUACCUGGCAUUGUGCUAAGGGCCGAUGAUUCAGUGGUGCAUUAGGUACAGAGGACAGCUGACCUCAUGGAGUUUACAGUGCAGAGGGAAUAAUACUGUGCUAAAUCAGAGAACCUCCAGGUGCAUGCUUCCACCAAAUCAGCUCAGGAGUCCAUGGUAUGGAAAGUCAACUCAAUUUUUACCCCAUCAAACUGAAUUAGAACUAAGAGAUUGGGCCCCAGAUAGAUCAGGAAGAAGACAUCGUUCUUCACCUUAGUCUUUGGAUGGAAACCACCUCAUGUUUUACAUGCUAGCCAUCUUAAAGCUGUUUUGGCAGUUUUAACUGAACAAGGUCUAUGCUCACCUUUCCCUUUUCUAUUGAAUGAAAUUUAAAUGCCACUUGAUGACUCAGAAGGCUCCAGAUUCAGACCCUUCCCCCUCCAUUUGAAGCCAGUUUCUUUACAAAGGCUAAAGUCUAGUUCCUAAUUCCCAAGGAAGUCUGAUUAACACAUAUCCACAGAUAUCCUGGCCAUUCUUUAGUAUGUUCUAUUUAUUAACUAAUUGUGCCUGAUACAUUUUUGUUUUUUAUAAAAUCCAAUUCUAAUUUUUCAUGUCUCCUCUAUAAACUCUUACCAUAAAUAAGGCUGUUAGAGACAUGCUGGAAAUUUCCAUAUUUAAGCACUAUCAUUCAAGCAAAUAUGUAAAGUACACUCCAUCACUUUGUCACUUGAUGUCACUCUAAAGUUAUUACCUACUAAGUUAUGACUGUCAUGAAGGAAGCAUUAAAAUAAUUUGGUUGAAAGUAGCACUUAUUGUAAUAGAGAGGGACAAGUCCAAAUUCCCAGUCCUAUAAUAAGCAAUUCGGGGCUAAGGGUAGGCCAAGAAAUGGGUUGAUCUGGAGGUCAGUUCUUGAUGGUCCCAGAAACAUAGGGUUGAUAUAGCUGGGAUGACCACAUGAAAGAGCUGCAGCAGUUUCUUUUGCAGGAAAUGAGUAUUUGCUCACGGAAUACUGACUUUUUCAGGUGAUUAUGAAAUGGUUCAAGGUGGAGAGUGCACACUUCUGCUUCCUGUUGAGUACUACUCCCCGUGACCAUAUUUAGGAAAAAGUAGAUGUUAUAAUGUCACUGAGGUUAAUGUGGGUCAUGUUAAGGGGAAUUCUUAGACGAACACACAUACAGCCUUCUUCCCCAGGAAGAACAACAAGGUAAUUUGGAAAAUAUGGUUGUCAAAACGGGAAACGGCCGCAACCCAGGAGUGUGUUUGUGACUGUUUCAGAGUGUAUUUUGGUUGGAGCAUAACUGGGGUUGUUUAACAUGCCUGGGUGUGCUUAUAGGUCUUACAUGGUAGUGAAAGUGGAUCUGUGUCUUUGUGUGCAUGCCUCUAUGUGUUGCUGUGUCUGUGGGUAUGCAAGAGCACAUGUUCUUGCAUCGCAAAUAUGCGGUCAUAUCUGCAUGGAACAGUGUGAUUCUAUUGCAAGGGCAAGAUGUGUGUUUGAUGUGGAAUUCUACAGCUGUUUGAGAUAGGUUCUCUACUCUUGUGUUUGUGAUUGCUUAUAUAAAAACAUCUGUAUUAGAUUCUGAGUAUGCCUGAAGGCAUGUGUUAUUGUGUGUGUCCAGGCCAUCAUGAGUGUGCUUGUGCUCAUAUCUGAGCGUGGGUUCUGCAUAUGUGUAUUAGUUCAAGCAAAUAUACAAGACUCCAAGGAGGAAAAUCAAAAUGAAGCUGGAAUGUUUCCUGUAUACAAGGCUGACGCUGGCUUCCUUCCCAUCAUUCCCCUUUCCCAGAUGAAAUUCUGAAAAUGCAGGUGAGGCAGACAAGGAGGGAAAGAAAUGAUAGGACGGAAACAUAAGGGGAGGAAAGAGGAAAGUCAGACCAGGGGCAGGUCCUUUGAAGCCAUUUAAGUUCUUCAGAUUAAGAGAGAUGAAGAGUGGAAUAGAGAGAAAUUAAUACUAAUUAGAAUGCCUUCAAUUUGUGUAAUACCCUACAACUUGGAACACAGUCACACAAUUAUGACCACAUCUGAAUUUCUUAUUAUCCGGGUAAGGUAGCAGGUUAAGAAUUAGUUUCCCCAUUUUACCGACAUGAAACCUGAAGUUGAAGGAAGUAAGUUUAUUGUCAAUAGGCCACAGUAUAAGUGAAUGGCAGGGCCUGGACUUGGGCCCCCAGCCUCCUUGGGGCAGCUCACUUUCCACUGCACCCCAAUGCUUCACGCUUCAAGUCAGUAAAACGAGAAGUGAAACUGCUGUAGUUCUCUGCGUAGUCAACUCUGGCCAAGGGUUUUUCACUGAAACCAUGAAUCAUUAGGCAAAUACAUAUGCAUAUAUAUAUCAUAUAUACUGAAUGAUUUGUUUAUAACACUUUUCUUUCCAUAAAGGAUAUGAGGGAGAUUCAAACAAAGUAUGCCUGGACAAUAAGGGUAAUUGAGAAGAACCAGAAAAGCUGGACGAAGAGUGAAAAGAGGAAUGGAAGACACUAAGAGUAAGCUUUAGCAUAGUGCAUCCCCAUUCAGACUCGAGAGAGCUCCCUUGCCACCCCUGCAGUGUUUUGGAUAGUUGGAUAUUUUGUGGCUUCUGGAGAAAGCACAACUCAGACUUACCAUUUACCACAUCUGCUCUGGGCUUCACUGUUAUGGGUGCCUAGCUAACUCAAAUAUAACAUGAGGGUAAACUCUGUGAACUGCUGUCAGUAUUAAGCAUGAUUGCACAUAUAUGGGAUACUAUUUUUAUGGAGGAGUAAUCCUCUGGGACUUCAUAAAGGGAGAACAGAAAGAAAUAUUGAGUGGUCUUCUCAAAAAAACCCCCAGCAUUUUAGCAAUUGCUGUUUUCCUAACGCGUGGGACCAGAGGAGGACUGUAAUUAGGCAGUUUCCUUCUGACUCGGCUCCCACCCACAGGAUUGUCAGAACCCCAGCCUCUUUCUGGACUUUGUUACCUUUCUAGAAAUCACCAGCAGGUUCCUGGAGGGUCUUACAUAAACACAGUCCUCCGCAAGAAUGAUCACCCUCUGUGAGGGCAGGGAGCAUAUCCAUUCAUCCUUUGCUGCCCCAGCCCUGAGCUUGAUGGCUUGCACAGAGUGGACAGAAUAACAUCUGUCUGUUUAAAGAAUUGAUGAGUGAAUGAAGACCCAUCUCUACAGGGAUGUUGUCCUCUGUGUCUCAAGGCCCCCAGGUUCCAGACCACAGCUCUUUGCUGCCCAUGCAGUGUCUGGGGCUCUAGCUUUCACAGCUGUUUCUUGUCUCUGUUGUUGUCUGCAUGGAUGUUCUCAACUGCUUCCUCCACUCAGUUCCUUAACUCCAAGCAUUCCAAAAGUUACUUUGCAGAAGAAGGGAAGAGGACUUAUAACAUUUAUCUUUAGUUGCUAUUUUUAGGUCCUACUCUACUGCUUUAUGUAUGAUAUCUAAUUUAAAUUCCCAUACCAUGAUUAUGAGAUGGAUACUAGUAAUAUCAGCAUUAUUACCCAUUAGGAAACAAAGACUCUGAGACUAUAAGUAACCUAGCCAAAGUCACACAGCUAGUAAAUGCACAGCUUGGAUUUAAACCCAGUCUCUCUUCUAUCAAAAGCCAACGAGAGUAGAUGGUUUCUCUAAUGCCUUCCUUCUAUUUCUUAUAGAGAUUUUACUACUACUGUUCUUUAUUUUUAUUUUCUCUUUGCUAUGGCCAGAGCUCAACCCCAGAACCCAGAUAUGAAGGUGAAACCAAAGGAUGGGUGUUGAGCUGAAGGCUGAGCUGUAUAAUAGAUAUCAAGCAGUCCAUGAAAUCAACCAUUUCCUCUCAUGAUGAAGGACUAAGCCCUUCCCACUUCAACUCUCUUUUCCAACAGAGUACAUUCUUUUCCAUGAUGCUCCCAGGAUUUUCAUGUAAGUAGGUCCAUCCAAAUGGCCUUCCAGAUGGGCCCAGCUGAUUCUGUAUUUAUAGCAAUUACCCACCACCCUGUACUCAGUGAUCUUUUCUGCCACAUGACUUUAAAUAAGUCUAUUCCAAAGAUACAGACUUGGUGAAAAGAAGGGGUACAUGCAUCCCCAUGUUCAUAGCAACAAUGUCUACAACAGCCAAACUGUGGAAGGAGCCAAGAUGUCCUUCAACAGAUGACUGGAUAAAGUAGAUGUGGUUCAUACAUACAAUGGAAUAUUACUCAGCCAUCAGAAAGGAUGAAUACUACCAUUUGCAUCGACAUGGAUGGAACUGGAGGGGAUUAUGCUAAAUGAAAUAAGUCAAGCAGAGAAAGACAAUUAUCAUAUGGUUUCACUCAUAUGUGGAACAUAAGGAAUAGUGUGGAGGACCACAGGAGAAGGGAAGGAAAACUGAAUAGGAAGAAAUCAGAGUGGGAUAAAUCAUGAGAGACUCUGGACUCCAGGAAACAAAUGGAGGAUUAAGGAAAGGAGGGGGUGAGGGGAUGGGGUAACUGGGUGAUGGGUAUUAAGGAGGGCACAUGUUGUGAUGAGCACUGGGUGUUAUAUGCAACUAAUGAAUCAUUGAACACAUCAAAAACUAAUGAUGUACUAUAUGUUGGCUAACUGAACUAACUAACUAACCAGCUAACUAACUAACUAAAUAAAGCUAUUCCUUUCCAUGUCUUCAUCAAAUGGCACUAGAAAGCAACUUGAUAUGGAGCUGAUAUAGUCUGAGUUCAUCAACUUUAGCAAUGUGCCUUAACACAGGAUUUAAAAUGGACUGUCUGGAGAAGGAACAACAUAGCAUGAACCUUGCACUGGGUUUCCUACUGGCACGAUUACUCUCCCUUCCUUUAGCUCGGAUAAAUGAGAAGACUCCAAUAGCUCAGAGUCCGAGAGUGUGAAUUUCAGCCUACCACCUAGAAUGCUAAUAAUCUAUUUUGCUAAUUGAAGAAGAAUACUGAUGCUCUGAAAAUCAGCAGUGGCUGGAAAGUCUUUUAUUUUCUUCCCAUGUAAUAUUCUAGUAUUUGUUAUUAAAUAUAGGGGGUGUAAGUGGUGCCUGAAUGGCUCAGUUGGUUAAGCAUCUGACUCUUGAUUUUGGCUCAGGUCAUGAUCUCAGGGUUGUAAGAUUGAGCCCCGUAUUACGGGGCUCUGUGCUGGGCAUGGAGCCUGCUUGAAAUUCUCUCUUUCCUUCUCCUUCUGCCCCUCCCCCUCCUCAAAUAAAUACAUAAAUAAAUAAAGGUGGCACAGAUUUAAAAAAA